AUGGGCUGCACCCAGCUCACGGCGGGCGUGGUGUUCGUCACGUGGCUGCGCACGUUCCAGUACCACCGCGUCACUACGCAGGUGCUGGUGACGCUGCAGCGCUCCCGCUUCGACCUCAUCGGCUACUUCGCCAUGUACCUGGUCUCGCCGUUCAAGACCUUCUCCGAGAGCGCGCUCGCCAUCCUGGCCAUCGCCUUGGGCGAGAUGCGGUCCGACGUGAUCCUGACGGCGCACAGCGGCACCGGCCCCGUGUACUUCCUGCUACUCAUCUUCAUCGUCAUCUUCGUCUUCCACAACAUGUUCUUCGUCAUCCUGUCGUACAACUACGACUCGGUGCGCGAGGAGCGCAGCCAGCUGGACCGCGGCCUCAACUUCAUCGCCUUCAUCUACAACGGCUACCUGAACCUGACCAAGCCGAACCGGCCGCCCGACCCCCAGGAGGACAUGGAGCGCCGCCUGAUGCGGUGCGGCUUCAGCCCCGCGUCCCUGCAGACCUUCCGGUCCUUCCUCAAACCCGCGCAGGUUACCGCCACACCAAACUACGCGCCAUCAAAAGUGUUCAAACAACGUGGGAAAAAAAUUGCAACGGAAAUUUUGACGAGCGUGCUGCUUGGCGCAGGACAUGAAGACGCCCGUGCAGACGCAGGACCCCAACGUGGCGAGCGUCAAGGACCUGAGAUCGAGAGUCCGUAG